AGUCCUGCCCAUUGCUCCCGCUGUCUGAGGCUGCGCGCGCAGUGGGAUGCAGAAGGAGUGGCGGAGUGCGCGUGUGUAACUGAGGCAAGCUUCGAUUAUUAGCUACGAUAACAUAUUUAACUCAACAGCUGUUUCCCCCACUGAAUACCCAGUGGUCAAGCGAAACAUAAAUGGACGUGAACCUGUGACUCUCAAGUCGCACCUCUCCGAGGCAGUCAACGGAACGAAAGGCGAGACAGAGCAUUCCGAAGGGCCGGUGGGUGUUGGUCGUCAGAGGAAAAGAUGGGCACGGUGCUCUCUAUUUCUCCCACGUCCAGAAAAGGUGGGAUUCUGGAUGAGAAGACGGAUGGGGGGCACGGAGCUAGCGGCAAGACGGAGAAGAGUCUAAAGCGCCAUUCGGUGCUCAUUUCGGCACUGACUUGGAAGCGAUUGGUCGCUGCCUCGGCCAAGAAGAAGAACGCCAAGAAAGUGAACCCGAACCCACCAGUAUCUCAGAUCAGUAACCCCGUGGACCAGCUGAACACCGAAAAUCUCAAGAAGUCUCAGUCAGGCUCCGAGCGCAAGACGAAGCCUGGUCCACUUGCCGUGCCAGUUCCUACCGUACCAGAUAAAAGCCUUCGACCCAAUCAAACCCAGAAUGCGUCCCAGAACGGAAAACAGCUCCUCUCGGUACAAAGGCAGCCGAGUAGUCGCUCGAUCAUCUCCCCCAGACGAGUCAUCGUCCAAGCCUCUACUGGCGAGCUCCUUCGCUGCCUGAGUGAGUUCAUGUGCAGGAGGUGCUACAAACUCAAAGAGCUGAGCCCCAAUGAGAUCAUCCUGUGGUUCCGAAACGUUGACCGAUCGCUGCUCAUCCAAGGUUGGCAAGAUCAGGGUUUUAUCACUCCUGCCAACUUGGUGUUUGUCUAUCUGCUUUGUCGGGAGGCGGUGACCGAGGAUAUCUCCAGCGAGUAUGAGCUGCAGGCCACCUUUCUCACCUGCCUGUACCUCGCCUACUCUUACAUGGGCAACGAGAUCUCAUACCCGCUCAAGCCCUUCCUUGUGGAGACCAACAAGGAGGUGUUCUGGGAGCGCUCCCUGCGGAUCAUUGAUAAAAUGAGUGUCAAAAUGCUGCAGAUCAACUCCGAUCCGCAUUUCUUCACCGAGGUUUUCCAAGACCUCAAGAACGAGGGAGGCUCGAAUGACACGAACGGAAGGUGGAAUAAUAACCUCGACCGCUAACUUUGGUUUAUUUUAGAAAGGAGAGAGAAGCUCUCUGAUACCUCUCCACGCCUUUCCUUAAAGGGUGAAAUGAAUGUAUGACCCGACGGAUGAAGGUGUAAAAAGUGUUGCACUCUAUUGCUGGUUUAUGGCAAAGGGCAAGGGGAUUUGCCUCACCUCCACGAGAGGGGGUUCUCGUUAUUACAUGUAUAUAAUACAACCUUCAUGACCUGAAUGUCACGCGAGCGAUCUGGAGUUUCGUCAUAGUUUACUUAAUGCAUGCUUAAAGUGUUCUAAUCGUCUCAUCAUUGUGUUUUGUUUUUGUUUUUUGAGAAAGACAAAAUAUAUAUAACGCUAUCUGGUGCCGGGCUACAUUGAGAGAUGUAAAUAUUAGCUUGUGCGUCAGUGUUGGGGUCUUUUUUCUAUUAGUUUCAGAAGCGAUGUUGCCACAGACGAUGCGCUGUCCAGGGUGCUGACCUGCAACAGACUCUUUCCUCUUGUGGCGUCUGAUGCUAUCUAUCUGAACGCUGAAUGUACUGUUUUACAACAAAACGAUUCUCUACGGUAAUAUGUGCCAAUUGUCAGUAUAAAACGUAAUGUUUUAUAAUGUAUAUUUGAAAAUAUAUGAUUACAAAUACUUACAGAGUCUUUGCCGCUUCUUUAUAGUUUUGGUGAUGAGAGAGGAAGGACAAGCGAUGCAUCGGUUCGUGAUUAAAGUGUUCUUUUUUCUUCUUUUUCUUCUUCUUUUUUCCAUCAAAGCAGAAAUUAUCAAGGUUUUGCUGACACUUCCAGACGCAGGCAAGGCAUAAAGUUGCAAGUAGAUAAAGACCACAUACUUUGAAUUAAUUACAAUUAUUUGUAGUUGCUUUCAAAUGCUUUAAGGGAGAUCAUUUUAAACCAUGAAACACCACAAGCAAAACUGUUCGCUGAGUGUCUUAGUAAUUAGUGUCUUAGUGUCUCAGGCAGGCAAAUUACUUUAUAUGCUUGAUCAAGAGAAUUAUUUAGAUGAGAAU